CGGUGCGCCCUGGGAAACCAAGCCGCGCGUUGCCCAGCAACGGAAGGCCUUCCCGCUUUUGGAGGCGCAAAGCCUCCUUCGCCUUGAGCGGGUUGAGGAUCACGUGGAAUGCGCUGUUAACCUCCUCACUAGCGAAGGAGAGGCCUCUGAGCAUGCACAGAGUGCUGCCAACCCCUCAGAAUUAAUGUGACAUUGGGACAGAGCGGCCAGGAUGGUGGGAGUAGAUACCAAACAAUGGGACGAGACCAUUUGCGACAUGAUGCCUUGCCAGCACCCUCUUUGCUGGGAGACGCUGCGGAGGAUUGAAAGUGGGCACCCCCGGAUAGUCUUGGGGGCCCUGGCCUCCCCUGAGAGAGAGUCUCCAGAUUGUGAAGGUGAGCUGCCCACACUGAAAAUCAUAGAUCUUCCUCUCAAUUGCCCUCAGAGACAGGGAGUCAAGUGCAGCAAAAGCUACAGUUCCGUUUCCAAAACUGUCUCCCGUACGAAAGACACCAGAAGUUAUUUUUCAAAUUGUACCCCGAAUGAUACUUGGAUACCCCCAGUCUCAGUAAUGAGUUCUGAAAGGAAUCCCUUCCCAGGGCUGAACUCCCGGAUGGAUUCUCACACCCCGCACCUCUCACCAUUCAGCUUCAGCUGCUCGAGGCAACUCGAACAAAUACAGGUGAUGGAUAUCUCUGAAUUGGCAGCCCAGAGAUUGGGCUGUCAACUUCCCUAUGGAAACCUGGUGGUCCAGUGGAUUCCAUCCAAGUGGCCCAGUCGUCUGCAGUCCAAGAAGUCACCUGUGAAAGCUACGGCCUCUCAAAGGAUGUGUGUGAAAGACCUUGCGUUGGAAAGCACCCUCUCAUUCAAGGACAACCAAGUAAAGAGGAGAAAGAAAUCCAGUAAAGUCCCCACAGGAGGCCAGCCUUACCUCCUUCACCUGAGGCGGAAGAAGCGGGUCCCCACCGACAAUUCAAGUCCUUUAGGCAAAGGAGAGGAGUCUACGGACGGCGCUCUCCGGACCAGUCAGCUGUCCUUCUGCAGCCUGCCGCUUACUCCUCUGGCAUCCCCACGCAAAGAGGUCAACCCAGAGAUGAACAGCAGAAAAGCAGCCUCAACAGAGAUCAAGAAGAAGGUUGCACCACCUGUGAUUGUCCUGCAGAAAGCACCCAGUUUGUACAGAUUUGAAGCAAAGUUUCCCGUGAAAGAGCGAUGCUCAAGAGGAAUCCGUGGGCAGCUCAGAGUUCCCCCAGAAGGCUCAGGGCUCCUGUGGCACUCGAUAUCUGACCUAGUGGAGAAGCCAGGCUGCACUGAGUCCCCGGACCCCAGGAAAGGAGGAGACGGAAGAGGAGGAGGAAGCCAUGGUGACCAGCCGGACAAAGUCGCUACACUGAUCCAGGAGGCUUCUGCCGAGGAAGGACCUCCCCCAUUGGCUCCUAUAGCUCCUCCAGAGAGGAAGAAGUCGGUGAGGUUUGCGGAGUGCAAGAGCAACACAGCCAGGGUGCCCACAGAAGGUGGCCAUAACGUUCUUCCCCGGAUUUUGAGAAUGGAGUCCAAGUUCUGCCGGUACCGGAGGCAGAUAGCCAGCUGGAGGGAGCCCCCUCCUCAGCUUGCACCUCCUGCUCCUGCUCCUCCUCCGCAGGACCCUGCUCCUCCGUCGGCCCCCACAGACAGCCCCCAGGGGACCCCCAGGGAGAGCCCCCGGCUGCUCCUCUCCCCCAACCCCCCUCCACCUCCCCCUUCCCCCUUCUUCUCCCUCAGCAGCGAGAAUUCCUCUCUGGACUGAAUCGAGGACAAACUGUACGGAUGCGAAUCCAGGU